AACCCACCCUUUCUCCUCACUCUUUCGUACACCAAACCUUUCUCUCUUCAAAGUCUCAUUCCAUUUCUUCAUCUUCUCUCUCUCUCUACACAAGUAGAGAUAUUUCACUAUAACUAUUCGUAUCUAGGAAGCUGUAUAUUGUAGCUUGUAAGGUUGAAUGGAGGUGGGGGACUUCUUCGUCGGAGGUUUUUAUGGCGGUGCUGCAGGCAAUGACUUCUCUCCGCUGAAGAUGAUGUCCACAGAGCGAAAGCUCCCAGAGAAUUUCACCGUCGACGAUCUCCUCGACUUUUCUAAUGAAGACGCCAUUAUAAAUGACGGCUUUUUAGAAAAUGUCGCCGGCAAUUCCACCGAUUCCUCCACUGUCACCUGCAAUUUCUCCGUUUCCGGAUGCGAUAACCACCUCUCUCCCGUUAAUCUCCCUCACUCUUCUCAGUUCUCCGGCGAACUUUGCGUCCCGUAUGAUGAAUUGGCUGAGCUUGAAUGGCUCUCAAAUUUUGUGGACGACUCAUUCUCAACGGACCAGAAUUUACAAAGCAGCCUCCAGAUUUUCGCCACGUCAAAAUCACUCACACCCGAAUCCUCAUCUUCCUCAACCCGACCCGAUUCCUUAAUCCAGAGCCCAUCCAAUUCCAACCCAAUUUUCCAACACGAAACUCCGCUCCCGGGGAAGGCACGAUCCAAGCGUUCAAGGGUGGCCCCAUGCGAUUGGUCCACCCGACUCCUCCACCUCAACCCGAAAUAUGCGGCCCAGAAGAAAAGGGAGAGCCCGAACGCCAAUACGGAGUUGCCAGUCCGGAAAUGUUUACAUUGUGCGGCGGAAAAGACGCCGCAAUGGAGGACUGGGCCGUUGGGUCCGAAAACAUUGUGUAAUGCAUGUGGGGUGAGGUACAAGUCGGGCCGAUUGGUGCCGGAAUACCGACCCGCAGCGAGUCCGACAUUUGUGUCGGCAAAGCAUUCGAAUUCUCAUAGGAAAGUUUUGGAGCUUAGGAGACAAAAGGAGUUCCAAAGAGCACAGCAUCAACAGCUUAUCAGUCAAACUUCGAUUUUCGGCAUAUCCAACGGUGGUUGUGCUGAUGAUUUCUUGAUUCACCAUCAUGGUGGGCCCAAUUUUAGCCACAUGAUUUAGCAAUAUAUAAUCUUUUUUUUUUUUUUAAA